UCAGUGCCCUCAGCUUUAUCUCUGUUCUCCACUCUGGUCUUCGUGAGAGCUGUAACUGCUGCUGAGGUUCUUAGUUACCAAAGCAGCACAUCCAUGGGGAAAUGACGGCCUGGGGGAGAUCUCCAGCAAAGCAACAGCUGGUUUUGGAGCGGGGUGGAUUGACAGAGGGUGUAGCAGAAGAUGUGUAUGAUGACCCUCCAGCUCUCGCUGGUGUCCCCACACAAGGGCAGGAAAUCCCCCACAUCUUCCGUGUGUCUCUGCUUUAAAAAUUACUUCCUUCAGUAACAACGUCCUGCCCUUCAAUUUCCCACUGGGAAAAGCCGGGUAGCACGUCCUGCCGUCUCUGAGAUGGCUCAACUCUGGGAAGUGAAGAAGCUCUGAUUCACCGCCGCCUCAUCAUUCCCAACUGAGGGCGUUCCUUCCUUCGCUCUGCAGUGUCCUGCCGGGAUGAUGUGGGUUCAGUCAGCCGCGGGGGUCCCACUCGGAGCCUGAGCUUUCCUGGUUCAUAGAUAGGAGUAGAGAGGGAGGAUUUAUAUUGACAACUGAGGGAAAUCCCGUCAGGAGGAGGGCGGGCAGGCGCUGCGGAACGCUCGUGACGGGGCCGAGCCCCGCGGCGGGAGAGGGCGGCAGCGCACCCCGAGCGGCGCCGUCCCCACGGCAACCGCCUCAGCGCCGUUAAACGAUGUCGGCCGGGGAGCCGCGGGCUGCGGCGGGGUUCGCGUUCCGACCCCUGCCCCAGAAAACCUUCCCCUGCCUACAGGACAGGGACAUCCAGGAGCGGCUGCUCAAAUGGUCAAUGCAAGGCAGUAUCGCAGCACAAGCGUUCAGCUUCGACCAGCAGUUUAAGCCCUAUCAAAAGGAUGAGUUCGUUAUGGCCUUUUUUAAUGAUCAGAAUGUGAUCUCCAAUUUAAAGAUGCUCUCAGCUUCAGGACACUGGACUGCAUUGGAUACCAAAGUGACAAAAAUUGAAGCUACGUUAGUGCCCUGUACACAGACCUCCAUGUCAUUUUUUGAUCGGCUCUACACUGAAGGAGUUGUUAGAGAAAGUGGAAUCAUUGUGAAAUGUUAUGAUGAAUAUUAUGAUGAUAUCCCCAUCUCUGAUGAAUUAAGGAAGGUCUUGCUUCUGGAAGAUUCAGACCAUUAUGACAUAUUUAGUGAGUCAGACCGCAAGGAAUUUCUCUUCUGUCUUUUUAAACAUCUUUGUAUUGGAGGAGCUCUUUGCCAGUUUGAAGAUGAACUUGGCCCGUACUUAGAAACUACAAAGGCUUUAUAUAAAGACUUGGUGAGUGUUCAGAAGAAUCCUGAAACAAAAGAAAUAAGCAUUACUUCUACUGUCUUCAGAGUGUCUGCAUAUUUGAUGAGUAAACUUCCAGCGUGCAACUGCUGCCUUCAAACAGUCAAAAAUGGAGCAGAGAUUGAUCAGUUCAGUAAGGGCUGCUGAUGGGAUCUUCAGUAGCAAUGCAAAUAAGUGUGACUAGCAGUUGUAUCUCAGUGUUGGUGUUCUGAGUUAUUUCUGUUCCGUGUGUGAGCCUAGGUCACUUUUGGGUCAAACUCCGAGGCACUGUGAUGCCCGAUGCUGCUACAUCUGAAAGCUUGCUCUCCUUACGGCAAUAGGGAAUCCAGUAUCUGAUACAUGUGGAUCCCCAUAAGACAUCUAUAGCGCUAGGUGUCUGAACCUGAGAGCUAUGGCGCCUGUGUGCUGGGCUCUUUAAAAAUAGAAUGCUAUUUUUAGCUGGCGGCAUUUGCCUACCAUCAGAAAAUGCUGCGAAUAAACAUAUCAAAUCUCUA